AUGGUCAUGAUCAGCUGGGAAGAGGGGGCAGCUGAACUCCUCAUCUCAUCACCUGCUCGGGGAACAUCAAGUAGGAAGCAAACAAGAACCGAAAAAAAAGUCCUUCAGAAGCUUGGGAAAGCAGAUGAAACAAAAGAUGAGCAGUUCGAACAGUGUGUGCAGAACUUCAACAAACAGCUGUCUGAAGGCACGAGGCUACAGAAGGAUCUCCGAACUUACUUGGCUUCUGUAAAAGCCAUGCAUGAGGCCUCCAAGAAGCUGACAGAGUGUUUGCAGGAAGUUUAUGAGCCGGAUUGGCCUGGGAGAGAUGACACAAAUAAAAUAGCAGAGAACAAUGAUCUCCUCUGGACGGAUUUCCAUCAGAAGCUGGUGGAUCAGGCACUUCUCACCAUGGAUACAUACCUUGGCCAAUUUCCAGAUAUUAAAUCUCGUAUAGCGAAGCGAGGAAGGAAGCUUGUGGAUUAUGACAGUGCCAGACACCACUUUGAAGCCCUGCAAACUGCAAAGAAGAAGGACGAAACAAAAAUCGCAAAGCCUGUUUCACUGCUUGAGAAAGCUGCGCCUCAGUGGUGUCAAGGGAAGCUACAAGCUCACCUCGUUGCUCAAACUAAUCUGCUCCGAAAUCAGGCUGAAGAAGAGUUAGUAAAGGCUCAGAAGGUGUUUGAAGAGAUGAAUGUUGAUCUGCAGGAGGAGCUGCCUUCACUAUGGAAUAGUCGUGUUGGUUUCUAUGUCAACACAUUCCAGAGUAUAGCAGGCCUAGAAGAGAACUUCCAUAAAGAAAUGAGCAAGUUGAACCAAAACCUCCAUGAUGUCCUGCUGGGUCUAGACAAGCAGUACUCAGGCAAUGCCUUCCCCAUUAAAGCACAGCCCAGUGACAGCACCCCAGCGAAAGCAAAUAAAAGCCCCUCGCCUCCACCAGAUGGAUCUCCUAUCACCAGCCCUGAGACCAAGACUGUCAACCAUGAGCUGGAACCGUCCACUUUGGAAGCGCCUGGGGCAAGCAUCCCAAAGUCACCAUCUCAGUUGAGGAAAGGGCCUCCGGUGCCUCCGCCUCCAAAAGUCACCCCCUCCAAGGAGAUCAAGCAGGAGAACAUCAUCAGUCUGUUUGAUGACAAUUUUGUCCCUGAGAUAAGUGUGACAACCCCUUCGCAGUUUGAUGCCCCUGGGCCCUUCCAGGAGGGAGCCAGCCUGUUGGAUCUGGAUUUUGAUCCCAUUAAACCAGAUGCCUCUGUGGGGAAGACCCCCACACCCGCCUCCCAGUCUUUACCUUGGGAUUUAUGGGAGCCUGCAGAAGCAGCCCAUGCAGGAGCUGAAGCAGCUGGAUCAGAAGCAGCAGCUGGAGCUGAAGCAUCUAAAACUGAAGCUGAUUCAGGAUCGAGCUCUCUGCCUGCUGUUGUUGUGGAAACUUUCCCUGCUACUGUCAAUGGCACUGUGGAAGGAGGUGCUUCGUCUGAAAGAGCUGACAUGCCUCCAGGAUUUCUGUUCAAGGUCCAGGCCAUGCAUGAUUACACAGCCACCGACAGUGACGAGCUGCAGCUGAAGGCCGGGGACGUGGUGCUUGUGAUUCCAUUUGAGAACCCUGAGGAGCAGGAUGAAGGAUGGCUGAUGGGCGUGAAGGAGUCUGACUGGAUCCAGCAUAAGGCACUUGACCAAUGCCGAGGGGUUUUCCCAGAGAAUUUCACAGAGCGGGUGCAGUGAAAGCCCAAGCCCACCAGCCGCGUUUCUGCUGGAAGAAAGCAAGUUUUCUGGUAGAUAAUUGAAAAAGAACAGCGAAAUGAAGAGA